GCGCUGUGAUAGAAAAAAUUGACAUCCCUUUUAAGAAGUACGCCGAAAUUUUUGCUAUCCCUUUUGGAAUUAUUUUCAAACCGUUCGAAAGAGAUCCGCAAGAUUUGCAACAGAUUUUCAUGCCGCGCGUGUAGCCCUGGCAGGAGAAAUAGUCAGCCUUUUGCCGACACAUUGCCAUUGCAGCCAAGCAUAUCAAACCCCACACAGCGAAUAAUGAGCCUGUCAAAGUUCGCCAGAUCCACCCUGCAGAUAAACAAAGCGUGCGGGGUAGUCGAAGCACAGGCGAAGAGCAAAACCGCGGCUGCCUCGUGCAGGGGGCUGCGCAAAAUCAGCAGCGGGAACAAUGUGCAGAACAAGUGGUACGCUCAACUAAUCGCCAAGGAGCUGAGCCAUCGUGGAGGACUGGUGAAACAUUUUAGCACCGCAGGAGAGAGCUACGAGUUUAAGGCAGAGACGAAGAAGCUGCUGCAGAUAGUUGCCCAUUCGCUCUACACGGAUAAGGAGGUGUUCAUUAGGGAGCUCAUUAGUAACUCCUCCGAUGCGUUGGAAAAAAGGAGAUUUACCCAAACGGCAUCCAUCAAAAGGGUGGAUGAUACGACAGCUAGUGAAACGGCCGAGAUCCCCCUGCACAUCAAGGUGUCAGCGGAUGCCAAGAAAAAUUUGUUCAUAAUUGAGGACAGCGGAAUUGGUAUGAACAAGGAGGAGGUGAUUGAAAACUUGGGGACGAUAGCGAAGAGUGGCUCUCUAAACUUUCUAAACGCGUUAAAGGAGAGAAGCAGCAGUGCAAGUGAGGAAAGUAAAAAGUCACCUGAACAGUCAGGUGAAAGGGGAGAAAUUUCCAAACCUGGAGAUAACAUCAUAGGGCAAUUUGGUGUAGGCUUCUACAGCUCCUUUGUCGUUUCGGAUCAAGUGGAAGUGUUCACACGAUCACAUGAUGCUAACUCAGUCGGUUACCACUGGAAGUCUGAUGGGAAUGGCACUUUCACUUUGAAGGAAGUGGAGGACCUCCCCAGAGGCACCAAAAUUGUGUGCCACCUUAAGGACAGCUGUAAAGAAUUCGCAAACAUCCAUAGGGUGCAAGAAAUUGUGGAGAAAUUUUCCUCCUUCAUUAACUUCCCAGUUUAUAUCGUCAAUAGGAAGAAGGACAUCAAGGGGAGCAGCCGCUUGGUGAAGGGGGACGACGCCGCGCAUGAGGAGGCUUCCCCCCCACAGGCAGAGGAGGGACUUCUCAACGAAGCAGAACGGGAGAAAGCCAUGGAGGGGGUAGCGGACGGGGUGACAGACGCCACCGCCUCGGCGGAUGCCCCCAAGGGAGACGCAGAAAGCUUGACAGACGAAGUGCAGAUUAACAACCAAAAACCGCUGUGGUGCAAGGACCACGUGACUGAGGAAGAGCACGAGAAGUUUUUCAAAUUUUUAACAAAAAAAAAAAGCUACGAUGAUGAUAAGGGAUAUGUAUACAAGGUGCUUUACAAAACGGACGCGCCAAUGUCCAUAAAGAGCGUCUUUUACAUCCCGGAGGAAGCUCCCUCGAGGUUGUUCCAGCAGAGCAACGAAAUUGAGGUCUCCCUUUAUUGCAAAAAGGUCCUAGUGAAGAAGAGCGCAGAUAAUAUAAUUCCCAAGUGGCUGCACUUCGUCAAGGGAGUGAUCGAUUGCGAAGACAUGCCCCUCAACAUCAGCAGAGAAAACAUGCAGGACAGCACGUUGAUAAGCAAAAUCUCUAGAGUAGUGGUGACGAAAAUUUUGAAGACGCUAGAGAAGGAAGCCACAAAUGAUGAGGAAAAAUACCGGAAGUUUUACGCCAACUAUAGCUACUACUUGAAGGAGGGAGUGCUGGAGGAUUCCUCCAACCAGUUUUACAAAGGCAUGUUGAUGAACCUCUUGCGCUUUUACUCUAUUCAACAGAGGAAAAAUAUUCCCCUUAAGGAAUAUGUAGCUAACUUUAAAAAGGCUCAGAAAAAAAUUUACUACUUUUGUGUGAACGAUUUAGACGUCGCUUUGUCCUCCCCUUAUAUGGAGCCUUUCAAAAAGCAGGGCGUCGAUGUGCUCCUCCUCUUUGAAGAAAUCGAUGAGUUUGUCCUCAUGAAUCUGCAGGAGUUUAAUGGGUCCAAAUUUGUCUCCAUAGACUCCUCCCAGAAUGAGGACUUCGAUCCGGAGCUGCUCAAUGCGAACAGGGGGGACGACGGGGCUAAGGGGGGAGACAAGGAGGAAGCUUCCAACGGGGGGGAGAAGAACCGCAUCUUUAAUGAUAGCCAAAAGAGUGAGCUAGCCAAAUAUUUCAAAGACGUAUUGGGUUCUAAAUGCUCAGAUGUGAAAUUCUCUGACCGGUUGACCGAAUCUCCUGCAGUCGUCACUGGGUUUUUGUCCCCCACGUUGAGGAAGGUUAUGAAGGCCACCAUGAAGAAUGCCUCUUUCCAGGAUAAUAGCAUGUUGCAUAAUUUACCAGCCACUUUGGAGUUAAACCCCUCGCAUACCAUUGUCACGUCGAUUUUCCACCUCAAAAAUACCAACCAGGAGGUGGCCAAGCUGUUGGUUCAGCAGCUGUAUGAUAAUGCCUGCAUCGCUGCCGGCAUUUUGGAGGACCCCCGCUCGCUGCUCACCAAAUUGAACGAACUGCUUCUGCUCACUGCGAGGUAUGCCUACCAUUAUGAGAAGAACACCGAGGGGGGGCCGGCUCUCCAGGAGGAGCAGUCCCCGAGCGAGGUCAGCCAGGUCAGCGCAAACGGGGCGGCCGAGGAGGGCUCCGCCAAGGAGGCCCAGGCGUCCAAGUUGUGA